AAAGGAAGAAAAGGGAAAAGAUGGUGACUGGUAAGCAACAAACGAAAUGAAUGAAGUCCUCUUUGUCUCUCCCUUCCUUCCAUCGUUCUCCAAAGCCUCUUCCCAUCUCCGAUUUAGGGUUUUGACUCUCUCUUUCGGCGCUCACGUUUUCACGAUUUGAUUGGAAGAGCUCGGUUCCGGCGAGAUUCCGGCAGUUGUAAUUGUUCUUUGCGUUGUUUCGGACUUUGAUUUUGGAUGUUUGUUGAUGUUUUUCGCUUUGCAUAUGAAGGUAGCGGUGGUUGGGUUGGCACUUUUGGUGGAGCGCUAUGGAACCUGCUAGUCCUUGACGGUGGAAUUUGGAUAUUGAAGAUUACAUUGUUAGUUGAUGGAUUCUCUUAAUCCUAUGAAUGGAUUUAUGCACAAGUCUUUUACACACAGAAGAUUAUCAGAGGGAAUGAGUCUCUUCUUUUGAACUCCACCUGCUAAGAGGUCCGUAGGUUGAAACUACUGUGGAGCUCCAAUGGAUGAUAGUGGGCAUCGGGAAAAUGGAAGACACAAACCACCUCAGGGUCAGUGGUUCAUGCAGCAUCAGCCAUCUAUGAAGCAGAUAAUGACCAUCAUGGCUGAAAGAGAUGCGGCUAUUCAAGAAAGAAAUCUUGCUAUUUCUGAGAAAAAAACAGCAUUGGCAGAGAGAGAUGUGGCAAUCCUGCAGCGCGAUUCAGCAAUUGCAGAACGAAAUAGUGCCAUUAUGGAACGAGACAAUGCCCUUGCAACUCUUCAAUAUCGGGAAAAUGCAAUGAAUAGUGGUAACAUGUCCCCAUGUCCUCCCGGAUGCCAAAUCUCGCGUGGGGUGAAGCACGUGCACCACCCACAGCAGCAUGUACACCAUCAGCUCCACAUGGAUGACACUUCGUAUAAUUCAAGAGAUAUGCACACAAGUGAUGGCCUUCCAGUGUCACCAGUUGCAGCAGAGCCUGUCAAGUCUAGGCGAAACAAAAGAACAAAAGAGGCCAAGGCAAUUGCAUCGGAGAAAAAACCUUCCAAAUCUAUCAAAAAAGCUAAGAGAGACGGGGAGGACUUGAAUAAGAUGAUGUUCAGCAGAUCUCAUGAACGAAAGGCUGGACAGGAUGUGGGUGCAUCAAAGCCUGACUGGAAGGAUCAGAACCUGGGAUUGAAUCAGGUUGCAUUUGAUGAGUCCACCAUGCCAGUGCCUGUUUGUUCAUGCACUGGUAUGCUGCGGCCAUGCUACAAAUGGGGAAAUGGGGGUUGGCAAUCUGCAUGCUGCACUACCACCAUGUCAAUGUAUCCACUGCCACAAGUGCCUAACAAACGUCAUGCACGUGUCGGUGGAAGAAAGAUGAGUGGGAGUGCAUUUACGAAACUGCUUAGUCGUCUUGCAGCUGAAGGGCGCGAUCUCUCUAGUCCAGUAGAUCUCAAGGACCAUUGGGCAAAGCAUGGAACAAAUCGCUACAUCACUAUCAAGUAGAAGGUGAGAAAUCUAAGAUGACGAAGGAAAGAUGAAAUGUGGAUUACCACUUUCAGGUAGGCAGGUAUGGCUAUCGACUCUUUUCUAGUCAUUUGGAAAAGAAACGAUCUCAAUUAUCGACCUAAUAGCAACUGUGGAAUAAAAGACAGCCAGCCAGCCAUUCACUUACCUAUUGAGCAAAUCUUUUGAGACUCCCUCUCCAUAUGCUCCUUUUGCAUCCGGACUUCACCUAGUUAUCCUUUGCCUUCUAUUCAUCUGGCUGUUCUGUCAUGCUGUUGGUUUUGCAGUAGUUGAAUGUAGUGAACCUGGAAGACUCUACCAAUGGAACUAAAGAUAAUUGUAAAGUGGGUAGUAUUUUCAAUCUGUUGGUGUACUAGUGUUAAUUUAUGAAGGGGGAGGGUUGUUUAGACCUUUCAACCCAAAACUGUUGCCAUUUCUGGAUUGUAACUCAUCUUAUCUCAGUACUAUAGGUACCAUGACCCAACAGCUGUUUGUAGAUGUAAGGAAGGAAUAUCUAUAGGCUGUGAGCCUGCCUUAUGUUGGUAUGAUCCAUUCUGUAUUAAUCUUGGCCAAUGAACUUGUCAGAUUAUCUUGUUUUUGUGUA